GGGCUAUAUAUGUUGAGAAACCUAUUAUAGAUCCUUUGACAGACUUCAUACCUCUCAUUCCUACAAACGAUCGAGCUCACACAGAGCGAGUGGCACGGCUUUUCAAAGCCUUGCACUUGGGAGUUAAUAAGUUAACAGAGUAUUAUGGAUCGUUAGAUGCGCCUACAGAUCCACGAAAUUCACAACGAUUUUUUCCCUAUCCGAAUCAAUACGAACAACAAAAUACAAUCGUGGAAUUUAAAUAUGAGAGAAAACUUGUGGAUCAAACCAACAAGCUUCUUUGGAAAGCUAUAACAAAAGACAUUUUACAUGGUGUUAUGGAUUACGUUGAGGCCGAGCAACUUUAUGAGUGCAACUCACUUAGUCAUGAUGAAUAUAAAGUGGUUUUCAAGGACAUCAAAGAAGCUAUCGACAAACUGCAUAAGGAAAAUAUUGUCUUUGCUGACCUCUGUGAUUCUAACAUUUUGGUUAACAAAUCUCAAGGCCAAUAUCGAGGAAUAUUAAUAGAUUUUGAUUGGGCCG